CUGAACCCUGAGGCAUGAGAAGCUGCUUACUGGGCAAAACCACAGAAGACAAUGAGGAGAAGGCAAAGAGGUUUAGAAGGCGAUUUUGUCUUCCAGAUUCAAAUUGAACACCUCUGUGUUUUUAUUUUCAUACUGACUUCAGCUUUGGUGGCAAUUUUUGCACAUUUCUUGUCAUUUUUAAUUGGGAUAUUUUUUUCUAUCGCUCCCUGCAAAGCCUGAAACAUGAAACGCACUGUAAUUAUGUAUAUGGAGAUUGGUUGCUUUAUUUGUUGUCUUUGUGGCUGGAUCCUGAACUGUUCUACUCUGGCCACUGAAUACUGGAAUUUCUCAGAGAUAGGAGAAGCCGUCCUCAGCACAGUCAACUACUUUUCCAAUCUGUGGAUGGACUGUGUCUCCGACACCACUGGUGUGUCCGAUUGCAAGUAUUAUCCCUCCAUGAUGGAUCUGCCAGUUUUCUUGCACGUGUGCCGUGCCCUGGCCAUCGUCUCUGUAAUCCUGGGCUUUUGGGGGGCUGUGCUCGCCUUGAUUGGAAUGAAGUGCACCAAGAUUGGAGGCUCUGAACUUGUCAAUGCCAGGAUAACAUUUGCAGCUGCCCUCACGUACCUGGCAUCAGGGUUCAGUGGUAUGAUACUGUACUCCUGGUGGGGGCAACGAACACGGGCACAAUUUGUGGAUCCAAAUUACAAGCCACAGAAAUUUGAAAUAGGUGCAGCGAUCUUCAUAGGCUGGGGAGGAUCAUCCCUGAUUAUUGCUGGAAGUGCUGUUAUGUGUUACAUCUCUGGAAAAGAGGGACUCCGUUCCAGUUCUAACAAGAGACAGCAAUCAACGGAAAGUUAUAUGACAUCUCAAUCCAGAAGGAGCUAUGUGACAACCCAAACCAGAAGGACCUAUAUGAUGCCUAUCUCCAAGCCCACUACAGUCAUCAUGCCCCCCGUAUCCCAGUUAGGCAGGGAGAGCCAGGCAACCCGAACUCAAAGGACACACAGAGCCCACACUAUCAGGACGACUGGAGCCUCCGUACGCCUGAAUAUGGAUUCAUAUGUGUGAUUCUAUGUGCUAGAAUAUCUGCACAUCGUCAAAGCCUGAUAAAAGUGGUUUAUGAGUCAUAAAAGCAUCUUGCCAGUAUGUUAUACAUGGAUAUACACAAAAGUCAGAGACCACCCCCUAUUUAUUCAGUUUCAAAGCAGCCAUGAAGAUGAAGUUAUUAACUUUUCUGGAGAUGUUUCUGAGGAGAGU